AUGGUAGCCAGAGUCACAGUACACAACAUGCGUCAAGACCGAGAUGAACCAGUACGUAGUUUUGGACCCCGUGGCCAAGCUGGUGUAUGCAAAUUCGUGAUUCAAUGCACAAACUGUGACACUGCCGUAAAUUACACUGACGAGAUCCUUAGGGAUGCGCUCACUCGAGGCAUCGCUGACCACGAUAUCCAAUUAGACAUACUAGGUGACAAAAAUCAAAACAUGACCUUGGAGGAGGUAUUUAAAUUUGUUGAGGCACAAGAAGCCGGUAAGCGAUCUGCUUCUCAUCUGAUCGAUUCCCACAUAACAGAAGCAGCAAGUAGCAGCACCUACAAAAAAACAAAACAAAAGAAUGUUAAAGAUAAACCAGAUCUUUGUUCUUAUUGUGGGAAGACAGGCCAUGGAAAAAAUGCUCUGGCUCGAAUUCGUAAAACUGUGUGCCCUGCUUACGGACACAAGGCUGUUGAGAGUGCAACCGCGACCAUUACAUGGAGAGCCCGAAGCAAGGACAGGCGAAAGGCCAUAGUUACCCCUUCGAAGGCAGAUGACUGCGAAGGAGCUGUUUUUGACGCCUUGUGCUCAAUUACAUCCUCUAGACAACCAAUCGCAAUCGACCAUCACAUAAUAAUAAUAAUAACUUUAUUUGGCAAUGGAUGGGGAAAUAAAUAUGAAAAUAUGAACGUUGUCAUUGUUUGUAUUAAAGUAAUAGUGAACAAAUAG